ACAAACGAAAAGAAGAAAAACUCUGCUUCCGUUCUCACAGUAGCUGUCGAUUCCAGAAACCCUAACAUUUCCCCGUCGAUCAGCCAAAACACCAGAGUUUUAAUAAAAAAAAAAUCGGAGAAUCGAAAAUGUUGAAAGGGAGGAAACCUGUGGGAAGAGAGACUAUGGCUGCCCACUAUGCGUUCGGCCCGCUCGAGGAUGACAUCAUCAUAAAGCACAGGCUUUUGACUCGCACAACAACAACGAGAGGCGAACCGCCGUUGAAGAAGCUUCAAAAGAAGUUCACGGCCUUUGCUACGGAAGUGGAAAAAGAAGCCGAAAACUAUGGCGACUGUGAAAGGCUCGCCAAGUCUUUCUUGCAGGAGCUGAACACGUUCGAGAUUCCACUGCUCAAGAGCAGAGCGGUUAUAGAUGCUAAUGUUAGAGAGAAGGAGAAUUUCAACGAGCUUAAAUACGAGAUAAAUAGGCAGAUUUCGCAGGCGCAUGGCGAUAUAGAGGAUCUGAAGAAACAGCUGGAGGAGAGCAAGAUCGAGAGGCAGCAUAAAGAAGAGUGUGAAGCUAUUAGGAAGUUGAUAGCUAUGCAGCCACCGAGAUCGGAAACGCAGAAAACCAUCACGGAUCUUGAAAAGGAGAUUGCAAUGCUGGAAGCUGAAAACACUGCUGGCUCGAGAACACUCGAUCUCCGUAAAAAGCAGUUUGCACUUCUACUGCAUGUGGUGGAUGAACUACAGAACACCAUCGAGGAAGAACAGAGAAGUUUAAUGGAAGAAAUGAGAACAGCUGUCGAUGAGCAUAGGACUGGUUUGGAGGAUGCUAAUGGGGGUCCUGAAGCUAUGGCCCUCGAUUAACGUUACGGUAAAGAGAAUGCAAAACGAACCGAGGUGCAGUAUGUGUAAUGUUUUUCUUCUGCAUAUUGUUGAAGUUUUCGACUAAGGCUGCGCGGCUCAUAGGGUUGCUUGAUGAGCUGGCACUAGUGUAUGUUGUAACCAGAUUGAUUACGUUUAAGUAUAAUCUGAGCAGCAAAUUUUCGAUUUAUGACUUGUUUGAAAAUAGUUUAUACAUUAAAUUUCCUUCUAGAAGUAAUCGA